UAUUAAUAAGCAAUAAUAAUUAUGUAUAUAAACUCAGAAAAUUUCUGCGGGUUUGGGGUUCUUGACACUGUUUGGACUCGACUGUAACUCAAUUAAUCUACCAUGGUUGUUCAAAUCGACGACGGAAUUAGAAUCCUCUGCCGGAAUCUGGUGAUUUCGAAGAAAGAAGCCGGAUUCCAGUGGCUGAUCGGCUCCCAGUUCCUGCCGUCGUUGAGCAUCGUCUCCACCAUCCGAUGCCUCCACACUCUCCCUUCCGAUCCCCUCUCUCCUCACCUGCCCGAUGAAUCAGAUGAAAUCAGGAGCCUGCUUCCAAGGGGUUUUGAAGUAAUCGGGGCGGUGAUUGUUCACGAUAAGACUGAUGUGAAGGUAGAAAAAAUUGCUGGUGAUGCUAUUUCAGCAGUUAGGAAUUUUAGGAAGGCCCGAUACGGUAAUGACAAUGAAGAUCGAGUAUUGAUUGGAGCUGUGUUGGAUCUGAACAAUGCCUGUGGUGAGGGUGAUGUGCAGUUUUUCGUAUCGAGGACAGGCAAUUCGCGUAAUUUGGAGAGAGUGAGUACUGUUGUUUAUGAGGAUCAGCCUGAGAGAGAAGUAUGGGAGAAAGGUUGCGUAAUUCGAUGUGAACUUCCUCUGAAGUUGCCCGUUUAUUAUUCGUUAAAGAAUCCUACAGAUGUGGAAAGUGCAUACGUACGAGCUAUUGAAGAUGUCGAAAGAAAACUUAGAGAUCCACAAGUUGCAUUCAUUAUAGAAUCACAAAAUAAAACUUCAUCUGGUGGACCCCACCCUGUCAUUCUUCAUGGAACGCAAUUGAUUUUGCCAGAGGAGCUUCCGGAAAAUGCUUUUAUAAUUGAAUCUGACGAAGAGUCCCUUGCAAAAUCUCUCCCCUGUUCGUACUUUUUCUCGGAAACUAAAGAUACUACAUCUAUUACCUCGUUCGAGGAGGAUGCAGAUAAAAUUCAAGUCAGCAUCAUGUUUAAUAGGUCAAGAAGUAGUGGUGAACCUGCUGCUCCUAUUGCCGAAUAUUACCCAGCACUGGGAGAAGCUAAGCUUUUGGUUGUCAAUCAUAAAUUAGAAGUGUUAUCCUAUGCUACAAAAGAUUUGCCAUUGACACGUAUGGUUUCGAAGUUAAUCAUCCCUGGACUAGUUGACCAGUUACAUUCAUUAAAGAAAAAGUUCUUGCCGGAUCUCAUGAUGCAACAUCCACUGCUGCGGCCGUACCACUUUAUUCCUUCAGGAUUUCUACAUCCAAUAACUGUUAUAUAUGAACUUAGCUACGGGGAGACAGAAUUGAAGCAAGUUGAAGUUCGAAAAUCUCUUCACCUGAGACUAGGAUUGCCAUUUGAUCGCCCUCUUUUGAGGAUUGCCAAUGCGAUAAAUUUAUCUUCGUCAAAGGACGACACGAGGGACAAAUCAAAUUUAAAGGGAUCCUAUUUGCUGAAGGAUGUUCAUCACGGUAUUCCAAGCAGUGGAGUAUCUGGUGGCCAUGUGUCUCUAGUUCAAGGUUCUUAUGAGUAUUAUCAUUACCUCCAAGAUGGAUAUGACGAUUCGGGAUGGGGUUGUGCUUACCGCUCACUGCAAACUAUCAUUUCAUGGUUCAGGCAACAGCACUAUACUUCAAUUGAUGUCCCUUCACACAGGGAAAUACAACAGGCAUUGGUCGAGAUUGGUGAUAAGGACCCUUCAUUUGUCGGGUCGCGCGAAUGGAUUGGUGCCAUUGAGUUGAGUUUUGUUUUGGACAAAUUACUUGGAGUGAGUUGCAAAGUCAUUAACGUGAGGUCUGGAGCCGAGGUUCCAGAGAAAUGUCGUGAGCUCGCAUUGCAUUUCGAGACUCAAGGGACCCCCAUAAUGAUUGGUGGAGGUGUUCUUGCGUAUACCCUUUUGGGGGUCGAUUACAACGAGGUAAGCGGUGACUGUGCGUUUCUUAUACUCGACCCCCACUACACGGGCAACGAGGACCUCAAGAAAAUAGUCAACGGGGGUUGGUGUGGAUGGAAGAAGGCUGUAGAUGGCAAGGGGAAACAUUUCUUCUUGCAGAACAAAUUCUACAAUCUUUUGCUUCCUCAGAGGCCUAACAUGGUAUAAUCAAAGUUUAGGUCAUGACUAUAAUUUGACUGAUACUUCAUUUGUUUUUUGGCAUUAAAAAAAACAAUUUAAAAAAAUAAAAAGAAAAUAGAAUGUACUCAAUGUAGCUAAAUUAACAUAUUAAAUGUUGUUUUUAUAUCUUUAUGAAUGCUAUAGGAUUGUAGCUUUGGAUGGAUUGAAUUGAUUUGUAUUUGUAAAAUCGUUUGUUCUGAUAUAUUUAAAGUUGAGGUUAAUUUUGAA